AGCGGGCACCACGAGUUCUUCCUUUCCGCCCAGGGUAUAAUGCCAAAGAGCAUUGUUCCAUGGGGGGCACUGCUAGUACUAAAUUUGGUCGAAGAUCGCCUCUCCUUUACUUCUUCCGAUAGUGAUAAAUAAAAAGUAAAAGCAUAUAAAAAGAAAUAUGUUGUAGUCACGCCUGUUUCAUCGCCUAGACUGCCCGUCUAAAAUUCUUGACGCAGCAGGCGACAUCGACCGCCGGGACCGGAAGAAGUCUGCGAGUUGCGCUUUUUAAUACCGUCGCAGAAUUUCUAUCCUGCAAAGAGGCCGCCCCAGCAGCGCUCCUGCACCAACGUCGGGAGGCUCUACUUCCCGCACCCGUACUACAGGAGAAGAACAACCGAUCUAAAUGGCCUGCAUGCGCUGUAUGGAUGUGUCAGAGUUGAAAUCGACAAAGUUGAAAUAAUUUGUCACGCAUAAAAUGGAUGCCAGUUGGAACCCAGUUCCCAAGUGGCGCAUGACAAAUUUUCCUGGCCUCGUCUGAAGCAAGUCUGUUAUGCUGUUUAGGGCAAGAUGGCUGCUCCCUGUCAUGCUAGUCAGCAGCCCAAUUCUUGACCCUUACCAGCACUAGAAUCUGCCUCCCUUGCGCCUUCAGCAAUAGAGUCAGUCUUUGUGUCGCAUUUUAUGCAUGACAAAUUACUAUUUCAACUUUGUCGAUUUCAACUCUGACACAUCCAUACGCUGCCUUCUAUCCACCCUGUGUUGUACCACCACGACCUCUGCCGGGGUUGUUCUCGUGCAGCUGCUUAUCAAAUGUAAAAAUUUCUGGGCCUGGAAGCUUGCAAGGUUCGUCAUGCAUAUUUUGAAAGACUCAUGAUGUCUGUGAUGCAUGCUCUAGCAUGACAGAUUUUUAGAGGCCUGUGUGAUGCCUCUACCGCAUGGAUGAGAAAUGCCCUCUCCGGGUAGCACAAACUGGAGUUCUGUUGCUGGUCAUGCAAUGCAAAUUUUUUUUAGAAUCCAGAGACAGCAUCACAAGUUCCAACCUUCCAGACCCAGACACUUUUACAUUCGAUACUGCUGCUUCUAGUACAACUCGCUACCACGACAAAUGGCAUCAGUUUACAGCUGCACCGGGCCGCAGGUGGUAAUCAUGGUGGCCCGCCCCCAACGACCACAAGCAGUUCGGCUUCCGGCGCUGCCUCUUCCAAUCCCGGCGGUGGAUGUGGAAGUGGUAGUAACAUCGACAAUCCUGCUCCACCAAUGUUGCCGGGAGCACCAGCUGAAACGAACGCGCCGCCGCCGAGCACGGCGAGCGCGAGCGGUCCACCACCUCCACCGCCGGGUAGUACUGUAGGCACAACACAGCAGACCCGGCCGAAAGCGCGACAAGGGAGUCGGGGGCUUAGUAUUCUGGCGGAGCGCGGAAUGAUCUCCUCCACCUUGAGCGCAGCUGGUAUAGCAGUUAUUUCAUCAUCUUUGUACUACCUUGAGCCAUUUCUACCACUUUUCCAGCGAGGCAGCAUUUAUUUUCUGUGUUGUUGUUUUUGAAUGUAGAUUUGUAGCUUUCAUGUUCAUCGACGGACAAGAAUGAAAGUAAACCGAAAUAACAUGCUUGUUCCAGGUCGGAGCCUCACCCUUGGGACGACGAGUGCCACCGGGUCACCGCCCUCCGGCACCAUGACGCCGGACACGCC